AUGGAGGCCGCAACAAUCCCUGGAAAUGGGGCACAGCAUUCCAUCGCCGAUGCGUCCAUGGACAUUGACAUGGACAUCGACCUAGGUCCAGAGCCAGAUCUGGAGCCGGAACCACAACCCAUUUUACCCAAUGUGACUCCCCAAGAGGCCUCGAUUGAUCCACUUGCUGAGGAAGCUGUCUUUGAAAAAGUCCACGUCCGCGGGGUGGAUGAAUUGACAACUGAUGAUAUCAAACAAUUUGCCAGCGCUCAUUUCGAACACGAGACCCCGGCACGUAUCGAGUGGAUUGAUGAUACCUCCGCAAACAUAAUCUAUUCCUCAACAGAGAUGGGCCUUCAAGCGCUGGCAGCUUUGACACAGGUUAGCGAGGAAGAAGAUGUGUCGGCACUCCCACCUCUGCGCCUCCGGUCGGCGAAGCUUCUGGCAUCACAUCCCGACUCUGUCCUCCAAGUGCGAUCUGCUGUCAAGUCAGACCGCAAACAGGCUCGGGCCCAUGAAAAGAGUCGCUUUUAUCUCAUGCACCCCGAACACGACCCGCGCGAACGCUUGCGACAAGAGCUCUCUGACCGAAGACGAGGCGGUGACACAAGCGAGGGAGAAUACCGGCGACGCCGCUUUGAUGACAGGGAACUGCGCCGCCGCCGAGACCGCGACCAUGACGACCAAUUCGACGCCAACAUGUACGAUGACCAACCGCAAGGGGAGAGCCACUCCGACUCGGAACGUGGCAGGAGGGAUCGGAGGCGGCGGGGCCCGCGCGAAUUAUUUCCAGAGGACGACAGCUCUUCUGGGCGGCUUCGCAAUCGCAGUGCGUCUCCUGGUCGGGACACUCUUGAGGAUGCGGAUCGCGUCGACACGCGCAACAGAUUCCGGGAGCGGUCGCCACGAGCUGGUCGCCGAAACCAAGGCAAAGAGCUCUUUCCAUCCGACUCGAGCACCCGAGAACUUUUCCCCAAUAAGCCUGUCUCAAGCUACAUCAAAAAAGAAUUGUUUCCUGCAAAGCCUAGCAACCACCGCCGAUCAGAUGCCUUUGACGCUGCCGAUGAGACUGCAGAUCUGCUAGGGCGACGAAUUUCCGUUCCUUUCACAGACGGUGGUUCCGAUCAACGAAAUACCAAUGUUGAGCUGUUUCCUGACUCGAGAUCUGGUAAUGGCUCUCGCAUCCGCGGAAUGGCAAUGGGAGACCAAGGCGAUGCCAUACGCGCCGCGGGACGUGGUAUGUCGAUCAAAGGUCGGGGUGCAUCGGUUCGCGAACUGUUCCCAGACAAGUUUAACAACAAUCGCAAUGUCGGAAAGGAGCUUUUCUCCGAGACGCUUGAGGGACGAGGUGGUCGUCGUCGGCGAGCCGAGGACAUGUUCAGUUGA